ACAGCACUGUACACUGGGCACCAGGAGAAAGCAGCUGCACAUCUACUACACCCUAGAAGAGAUCACCAUGAGCACAGCUGGGAAAGUCAUCAAAUGUAAGGCUGCAGUUUGCUGGGGACCCAAACAACCUCUCAGCAUUGAAGAGAUUGAAGUUGCACCUCCAAAGGCUCAUGAAGUUCGCAUAAAGAUUGUGGCGACUGGAGUUUGUCGAUCAGAUGAUCAUGUUAUAAGCGGUGCAUUAAAUGUGAAGUUCCCUAUAAUACUGGGCCAUGAGGCUGCUGGGAUUGUAGAGAGUGUUGGUGAAGGAGUGACAGAUCUGCAACCUGGAGACAAAGUCAUCCCAUUGUUUAUGCCUCAGUGUGGAAAAUGCAGAUGUUGUGUAAAUCCAGACAGUAAUCUUUGCUACAAAAACGACCUUGGCAAAUAUAACGGAGUGCUAUUGGACAACACUUCUAGAUUUACCUGCAAGGGCAAACCCGUUUAUAACUUCAUCACUACCAGCACUUUUACUGAGUACACAGUGGUUGAUGACAUUGCUGUAGCUAAGAUAGACAAGGAUGCCCCACUGGAUAAGGUCUGCCUCAUUGGUUGUGGAUUCUCCACUGGAUAUGGCUCUUCUGUGCAUGUUGCUAAGGUUAAACCCGGCUCUACCUGCGCAGUAUUCGGUUUGGGUGGAGUUGGCUUGUCGGUCCUUAUUGGAUGUAAAGUUGCAGGAGCUUCCAGGAUUAUUGCAGUUGACAUAAACAGCGACAAAUUUGAAAAAGCCAAAGAGUUUGGAGCCACUGAAUGUAUCAACCCAAAGGAUUAUGACCGUCCUAUCCAUGAAGUGUUGGCAGAGAUGACUGAUGACGGAGUGGACUAUGCCUUUGAGGUCAUUGGAAAUCCAGGCGUCAUGACAUCUGCUCUUUUAUCCAGUCACUUUGGCUGUGGAAAAACUGUGAUUGUAGGCUUAGCUCCUUCAGAUGCCACCAUAACAUUUGAUCCAUUGCUAGUUCUAACUGGGCGUGUUCUGACCGGAGCAUUUUUUGGAGGUUGGAAGAGUAAAGAUGAUGUCCCAAAACUUGUGUCUGAUUAUAUGAAUAAGAAAUUUGACUUUGAUGGGCUGAUAACACACAAAUUACCAUUUGAAAAGAUCAAUGAAGGAUUUGAACUUCUGCGAAAAGGAGAGAGUAUCCGUACAGUGUUGACUAUGUGAAGAGCCCAGUCCUGGACGUCAUCUAAGGAAGAAAUCCCUAAUAUUGUCAGCAUGCAGGAUCCAAUAUUCAUUUAUCGCAAGAAACUUUUAUUGCUUUUUAUUAUAUAACUAUAAGGUCUAAUGUUACAGAUAUAGUCAGUGUAUACUGUCUUCAAUAUAUGUUAUAUAGCCACACAGUAACAUAUUGGUACUUCCCAUCUAUUUUUCUAUUCAUACUACAAAAAUAUGUGCCCCCAUUAUUGUAUGUACUGUAAAAUACAAAGUCAAAAAUGUUUGGUGAAUUAAAGGAACACAAAAACACCAGUGUAACCUUGUUACUGUAAUGUAUGUUCAAUAAAGAUCCCUGUGUUUAUCUUU